AUGAAAGCCAAUGGUGAUACUGUAGAAGAUUCAGCAAUUGUUGAAAAGAUAUUAAGAAGCUUAUCUGAGAAGUAUGAAGCAAAAGUAACUUCUAUAGAAGAGUGCAACACUGCUGCAACUAUGACUCUUAAUGAGUUAUUGGGUUCUUUACAAGCUUGUGAACAAAGAUUGUUGGAGAAAACAGUUGCUGCAAAACAAGUUGAAGAAGCACUUGAAAGUCAAGUAAGCUGGAGAAGCAAUCAGGGAAAACCUAAUGCUGGGGGUUAUCGAGGAAGAAAACCAGUUGAUAGAAAAGUUCAGUGUUAUAACUGUGGAAUUUUUGCACAUUUUUCUGCUGAUUUAACCACAUGUGUGGAAAAAGACUUAUUUGAGAGUCUAGAUGAAUCUGUAAGAUCCACAGUGAAGUUUGGUAAUAAUUCUACCAUUCCAGUUAUGGGAAAAGGGAGAAUUGGGAUUGUUCUCAAGAAUGGAGUGAAGACUUACAUCAUGGAUGUAUUCAAUGUACCAGGACUACAUCAAAACUUGUUGAGCAUGGGACAAUUUUCUGAAAGAGGAUAUGGUAUGAAUAUCUUUAGUGAUGUUUGUUUUAUCAGAGAUAAAGAAGAAGAUUGA